CUUUUACCAUCUCCAUCGAAGUCAAAAUUUUCAUUCCAUUACGUUCACAUUAUGUCCGAUCAUGAUCCCGACUUUGCAGUCGAUCCCGAAAACUUGAUGAACGAAAACAGUAGCUUAGAAAUCAGGAAAAAACAAGAUACCCGAAAUUCUGCAGCGGUCUCAACCAUGGAAAACCCCGAUCUAGAAAGAGAAGAAAUAAUCAUGCUGACUAGCAUAAUAUCCGAUCGAGAUUUCAGAUCCACUCAACGUCAAGAACAAUCUAUGUUCUUGGAUCCAGAGGAUAUCAAACCUUUUGAGCCACUAAAGAGUGUUAUGGCGAAAAGAACAACGUUCUACUCAAGCGCGUCAUUCCUGAUUACAGAAUCAUCACACAAAUGUGAUCAAACAGAUCCAUCAACGUACAAAGCAUUUCCAGAAAUUUCUGGAAUAGUAGCUGAGGACUUCAGCAGAAUAAACGCUCGUCAAGUCAGCAUGGUCGAGCGUGCUAAGAAGAAGCUUACCAAACUCUUCCAGGAGUACAUCUACAACCCGCAGGAAGACAGCAGUGAGAUCAUGUCUGAAGAUGAGUCUAGCACGUCAUUGCCGAAAAGUGACCUGGCUCUACGAUUUCCUGACACAUAUGACCCCAUUCAGCAAAAAGCGUCGCUAGAUUGGCGAGUUGUGGCUCUGUUUGAUGAUUACAUGGUCAAAGAGGCUAAGCGUGAAGUUGCUGGGCAUCCGAUUGUUAAAAAGAUUCAGGGAGAAGCUGCGGAAGAGUUUCUUCAGCAACAAAAAGAAGCGGAGAAUCAGGUUGCAUUAUUUUCUAUAAUUACAAGGGUUAAUCCCUAUGUUCCGCUCAUUGGUGCAGAUACUUAUCCGCUCAGGGGCGAAUGUAUAAAAUAUUGUUGGAAGGGGUCCAUAUGGAGAUUAUCCCCUCAAAAUAAUCUUGGGGGUCACGAUUCAUGUUCAGAAUGAUGCCCAUCUGGAGGAAGGGGUGUUGUUAUCGGUGAUUGAAAAUUGAAGUGCUUGAGAGGGGGGUAUCGGCGACCCAAUAUUGAAGAGUCAGGGUGGUUUAUGGGUUUAUGCCGACUACCCGCCAAGGCUUCACCCACCAUUCCACUAUCAAAAUUCAACAAAAUAUUUGUUAAAGAUAAAUGAAGUUAAGAGGAAGUUUGAAGAAUACUUAAGGACAACCAUCAUGACAAAUGCCCCAAUCGAAUCGAAUGAGACCGAUGCAAUGAUAGAAGAGAUGGUAGUAGCCUUCACAGCCAAAGCACUAAAAGACUUGCAACAGAGUCAACAGCAGUCCCAGAAACAAAUUGACAAAGCCAAGAUGAACAUCAGCGACCAACUGCAAGUUUUCGCAACAAAUCCUACAGGCCGAAAAACAAAAGAAGAGAUCGAAUCUGAAGAUUACGUCAAACAAGCUCUUAUGGACUUCCAGGAGAAAAUUCGACGUGAUUUGGUGUCCACGAAAGAUGCGAUUGACAAAGUUGCAAUUCACACUAAAGAACAGUUACAGACACCUUUUACAGAGUCUCAUUCUGUUGAACGGCAGAUAUUUCCUAUUCGGGAUUUCUCUAUCAAAGCUUGCACGGAUUUCCAGGCCACCAAUAUCAAGGCUUCUAGUACAGCUGCUGCUAUCAAACAAACAUUAAAGGAUUAUGCAUCUAUAGAACCUCAAACAAACGAAGACAAUGCAGGACCAAGCGUCAAAGAAUUCAACAGAAAAACCAAAGAUGAGUUUGCUAAAGCUGAUGCGUCGAUGAAAGAAAUUGUCAGUCAAGUGAAAGAAAAGGUAGAGAAAGUAAUUGAUUUCGAAGAUUCUCUUGAUGUCCUAGUACAUCCAGUAAUCCCAAUGGACGCGUUCGUGGUAGAUUUUCAAAAUGCUGACAAAAGACUGAAAAUGGAAGUAGACCAAGUUAAGGAUAAAGUAGAAGAGACCGGAGAAAAAGUUACUAAAGCGUUCAAAAGAUGAUUCUCAUUAUACAUUUUACAUCAUUUUGUAUAUUGCUUUGACCGAUUUUCAACUUCAGGCCAAAAUUUAUUUCUCCCAUCGUCCUACAUUUUAACUGUAAUGCUAACACGAUUAUAUUUAACAAUUCCACUACAUUAA